UUGUAUUUAUUUUUCGCAUGUAUUAAUAAAAAAUUUUCUUGGCAAAUUUCAGCGAACUCGGUUCGCCCAAAAUCACAUGAUAUAUAUUUUUUAUUUUGAAUGCUUAUAUGCAGUGUAUUAGUUAUAUAUAGACCAUGGCAUCCGAGCUUGAGUUAUCGAAACAGCGUAUCACUGAACUUGAGGCUGAGAACGUAAAUCUUAGAAGAAAGCUCUCGGUGUCUGAUGCUGAAAUAGCUGAACUUAUGCGCAGGAAUAACGAGUUUCUAAGAGCAAAUAAGGAAUAUAACGAGAGGCGUGAUGCUGAAAAUGCCAAACUCAGGGCCAGAAUCGAGGAGUUGGAGAAAAACAAGGAAGAUUCUUCAGCCGAGAAUGUUAGGCGUGAUGUUGAAAUUGCUGAGAUUAAGGCUGAAGUAGUGAAACUAGCCGAAGGCGCUCAGGCAAGAGACAAUAACGAAGAAAGCAAACAGUUAACUUCCCGUCAAUCAGAGGCUAUUUCUAAAGAAAUGAUUUCAGGAUAUGAUCAGAAUACUAUAGAUGAGAUAGAGCCUCAAAGCUCUGUUUCCUCGAAUAAUAUUAAUCUGGCAUCGAAUGAGGAUGUGAGCGAUCAUGCUUUAUCGCCUUCGGCUAAAUCAUCGGAGGCAGUCGCUUUAGGGUAUGAUUCAAGAAGUUAAUUCAUCCAUGAAAGAAAAACACUUUCUCCCGGUUGUGACUGAAAUUUCAGCGAACCAAGUUCGCCCAAAUUCUUUAGCAGAGAUAGAUGAAGAGCGAGCGGUCCUCCCUGAUAUUAUUAAUCUAUAUGAAACUGCGUGCGGUGCGGAAAAGAAAGCAAUCGAAGCCAAUAGAGAAGAAACUUUGCGUUGGUGUUCCUAUGCUAGAGAAUUCAAGAGAAUGUAUAAAGAUUUUAUGGUCAACAAUAAAGUUGGGGAAAAGAAAGCGAAAGGUCAGGUAUAUGAUUUUAUUAUCAAACAACUCCCCGAUACUAAACGCAAAACUUUAUGUAGGCAAACACAGAAAGCUUUGAGGAUUGACGAUUUAUUCGAAAAAAUAGGAAUGGACAAGCUUCAAUACAUAAAAACAUAUAGUGCGGAUACUAUUUCGAAAUUUACUGUUCCUCAGAUUCAAACAAUU